GCCCGCGGCGGCGGAGGGCUCAGCUGCUCAGAGCUCCCAGAAAAUAAACGUAUAUUUCAGAAAGUGAAAAUAAGAAGAAGUAGCAGCUGACAUAGUAAAGUGUACUAAUGAUUGUUUCUUGGGGAAAAUUUUUUAAGAUGUGGUGAAGAGCCUGCAUUUUCCCCUGAGCGGUAUACAGUGCCUUAAAAGAUGGGGUUUGGAGGUGACCUGAAGUAUUCUCAUGAUGCUUUAUUAAAACUACAAGACUGGGAACUACGACUGCUGGAAACAGUGAAGAAAUUUAUGGUCAUGCGAGUAAAAAGUGAUAAAGAGUAUGCGUCUACUUUACAGAAUCUUUGUAAUCAGGUAGAUAAAGAGAGCACUUGCCAAGUGGAUUAUAUCAGCAAUGUGUCCAAGUCUUGGUUGCUCGUGGUACAACAAACAGAACAGCUGAGCAAAAUAAUGAAGACACAUGCAGAGGAUCUUAAUUCUGGGCCUUUACAUAGGCUUACAAUGAUGAUCAAAGAUAAGCAGCAAGUUAAGAAGAGUUACAUAGGUGUUCAUCAACAAAUUGAAGCAGAAAUGUACAAGGUCACAAAGACAGAACUAGAGAAACUAAAAUGUAGCUAUAGACAACUAAUAAAAGAAGUAAAUUCUGCCAAAGAAAAGUAUAAAGAAGCUGUGGCUAAAGGAAAGGAGACUGAGAAAGCCAAAGACCGGUGUGAUAAAGCCACUAUGAAGCUUCAUAUGUUGCAUAAUCAGUAUGUGUUGGCACUGAAAGGAGCACAGUUACAUCAGCACCAGUAUUACGAUACUACACUUCCUCUGUUACUUGAUUCACUACAGAAGAUGCAAGAAGAAAUGAUUAAAGCCCUAAAAGGAAUCUUGGAUGAGUAUAGCCAGAUCACCAGUCUUGUAACAGAAGAGAUUGUGAAUGUCCAUAAAGAGAUCCAGAGCUCGGUUGAACAGAUAGAUCCUAACUCUGAGUAUGAUGACUUCAUAGAUACUCACAGGUCAUCAGAAAUUGUUGAGCAAGAAAUAGAGUUUGAUACGUCUUUACUGGAAGAAAAUGAAAACCUUCAAGCUAAUGAGAUCAUGUGGAAUAAUUUAACAGCGGAAAGUUUACAAUUCACGUUAAAAACAGUAGUAGAAGAACUGAUUCAGACCCAGCAAACCCUUUUAAGCAAAGAGGAACUUGUAUUGGAACUAGAGAAAAAAAUAGAAGAGUCCUCUAAGACUUGUGAAAAGAAGUCUGAUAUUGUACUCUUGCUGAGCCAAAAGCAAGCACUUGAAGAGCUUAAGCAAACAGUUCAGCAGUUAAGAUGCUCUGAGGCAAAAUUUGCAGCCCAGAAAGAGCUACUGGAACAAAAGGUUCAAGAGAAUGAUGGGAAAGAGCCACCACCUGUAGUGAAUUAUGAAGAAGAUGCCAGAUCAGUCACUUCUAUGGACAAGAAGGACAAAGUCUCAAGAUUUGACACUAUACGUCAUUCCAUAGCUGGAAUUAUAAGGUCUCCAAAAUCCAUGUUAGGCUCAUCAUCGUUCUUUGAUGUAAUAUCAACCACUGAGAAACCGUUGGCUGAGCAAGACUGGUAUCAUGGUGCAAUUCCAAGAAUAGAAGCCCAGGAGCUGUUAAAACAGCAAGGAGACUUCUUGGUGCGAGAGAGCCACGGGAAACCUGGUGAAUAUGUCCUUUCUGUGUUUUCAGAUGGACAACGGAGGCACUUUAUCAUACAAUAUGCUGAUAAUCAGUAUCGUUUUGAAGGAACUGGGUUUCCAGCUAUUCCUCAGCUCAUAGAACAUCAUUACACAACAAAGCAAGUUAUUACAAAGAAAUCAGGUGUUGUUCUGCUGAAUCCUGUUGUUAAGGAUAAGAAAUGGGUUCUCAAUCAUGAAGAUGUCACACUGGGAGAAUUACUGGGCAAAGGUAAUUUUGGUGAGGUGUACAAGGGAACACUAAAGGAUAAAACUCCUGUUGCUGUAAAAACUUGUAAAGAAGAUCUUCCUCAGGAACUGAAAAUCAAAUUUCUGUCAGAAGCCAGAAUACUCAAACAAUAUGAUCAUCCUAAUAUUGUAAAACUUAUAGGAGUGUGCACACAACGGCAACCUAUUUAUAUUGUUAUGGAACUUGUUCCAGGAGGUGAUUUCCUGUCCUUUUUAAGAAAAAAGAAGGAUGAGCUAAAAACCAAACAGCUGGUGAAAUUUUCAUUAGAUGCUGCUUCUGGUAUGGCAUAUCUUGAAUCUAAAAAUUGUAUACAUAGAGACCUGGCUGCAAGAAACUGCUUGGUAGGUGAAAGCAACAUUUUGAAAAUAAGCGAUUUUGGAAUGUCCCGGCAAGAGGAUGAUGGUGUGUACUCAUCGUCAGGCCUAAAGCAGAUUCCUAUCAAGUGGACUGCUCCAGAAGCUCUUAACUAUGGGAGAUACACAUCUGAGAGUGAUGUAUGGAGCUUUGGAAUCCUUUUGUGGGAGACCUUCAGUUUAGGAGUAUGUCCGUACCCGGGAAUGACCAACCAACAAGCACGAGAACAAGUUGAGAAAGGCUACCGAAUGUCAGCUCCACAAAAAUGUCCAGAAGAAAUAUAUAAAAUAAUGCAGAGGUGCUGGGACUACAAACCAGAAAACCGGCCAAAAUUCAGUGAGAUUCAGAAAGAGCUGUCUUCAAUCAAAAAGAAAGUGACAUAGUGAUAAAGAAAUGCCAGGCUCAGUGUGUGGGACUUUAUUUUCCAGUGAAGUAGUUUUUUCCCUCAAACACUAUGCAUUUAUACAACAUUAUUUGCAAUAUUCUUCUAGGAUCGCUUUGAAAUUAACUGGUUUUUAUAUACAUGUGUACCAUCCUGAAUGAUGUCUAUACCUGCACUAAAGACAUAUAUUGCAAAAUGCUAUAUAUCCAGUCACAGUAAUAUUGUCAUUUAGAUUACAUGUGAAUAGAAAAGCACAUACUCUAGAUUUAAGGGACUGUGGCUUUUUUCUAUUUUGCAGGAACUAACUGCUAGAGACAUUUUUCAUGGGUUUUCUACUUUAAGCUGUGUUCUCACUCUGCUGUCACUGUUGUGUAUGUCAACACCACAGCACUCUAAUGUGGUGACUGUCAUACACUUUGGCCUUAAAACUGAAGACAGUUUUGACAAGUAUUUCAACUAGAAAAUGUUAUAUUUAAAAAAUUCUUUCUGCAACUGAUAUUUUAAAGCAAUACUUUGUUUUAAGGGUGAAGGUCAGUUAUAUUCUGGAAGCAAUUGUACUUACUGAACAGUGAAAUCCAGAAUUUUCUUUUGUAUAAAUCUGACUUAUUUGUGCAUUUCUUACCAUACUGUAGUAAAUACUUCUGACUUUUGAUAUGAUGUGCUUAAGCUACACCUUUUCUUCCUACAAAGCCAUCACAAUUCUGUAAUAUGUGUCUUUAAAAAUUACCUAGAUUUAUUUAAGAAAUGAAAAGCCCACUAUCAAGUCAUGACUACACAAUAAGAAAUACUGCAAAUCACCUGCUCUCCAAAGAAUAUGUAAAGUAGUAGGUUAACAGGAAGAGCUUUGCUAAUGAUAGCAGCAGAUAACAAAUGUCAUUGAUCUUAGAAGAGUUAAAAUAUAUUAAUUGCUGUAUUUGCUUCUGAUCCUGGGUUUUUUUCCUUACAUUGGUAAUAAUUCUCAGGAUGCAGCUGGGGCCUACAAAAGUUCAUGCUAAGCAAAAGUACAUUCCAUGCAUAGUGUCCAAAGGAAAAUGCUACUUCUGAAUGGCUUUCUUCAAGAAACCACAAUAAAGUGUGUUUAAAGCCUCCAACAAGCUGAGCAAGGCAAAGUAGAAAUACUAACCUUCUAACUUUUUUAAAUCAUUGCAAUCAGAUUUCAAAAGACUGGGGAUAGGCAGGUUUUAAAUGCCACUAAGAAUAAAAACUUUGUGUAUAUAUAUAUAUAUAUUAAAAAAAAAAAAAAUCCACCUGAAAGAAUAAAAGCUUGCUAGAUAGGGGAGAGAGGAAAGACAUGAGUGUGUUACCCUGGCUCUGGGUCCAUUUUGCAGCUGAGUUAUUUUCUAGGGCCCUACAUGGAAACAGGAACAACUUACACCAUUCUGGUCUGAGUGCCAGAGUUAAAGUGCUUCAAAUUUUUCUAAGAAUUAACUAAGAUUUUUCAGAUCAGGAGAUGUCAGUUGCUGCAAUGCAAGUAAGAAACAGGGACUGUAAGUAACACAGCAUCUAAAAUGUCAACAGGCCCUGUAUUUUAUUGUUACAGUGGGAUUGAGUUGUAUUGAAGUCAGUGGCUACAUUGCAUUUCUUCUUUCUUUUAAGGUGUCUUUUCUAUUGUCCACAACAGUUUUGCUCUCUAAAGUGUUUUUAAGGUAGUACCAAGUGGUAAUGUUUAAGGGCUACGUGUAACCAAAAUGUGUGUAGUCUAGAAAAGUUUGUCUGUUACAUUGGAGUUCGUGUUCAAAUCAAAAAAUAAAUUAUUGUGCUGGAGCACAUAACCUGCAUUUGAAGUGGAACUGUGAGCACACAAGUAUAGUAUUUAUUGCAUUUCUUAAGUGAUCUUUUUCUUGGACCUAAGGAAGCAUAUACAUACCCACAAAGGUAUAGUGCUUGGAAAAGCUGGUGGCAUAAAUUUAAACUUCCUUAUGAGCAUACUGGAUAUAUUUACUUAGUUCAGUACUUCCAAAUAGCCCAAAGUAGCAAUAGGAAACAUUUUUUUAGUUCAUAUGUUUUUAAGUAGUACACAGAGUUUGUGCCUUAAUUUGCUAUUAUGCUAAUGCAAAUGCAAGUAUACUAAGAUUUAAGCAAUGUUCCACAAUCGUUUGAAAAAUUCAAGUUUUAACCAAUGGCAGGUCCUUAUGUAUGCAUCACUAAAGUCUGCAAGUAAGGAUACUGAUUUCUCCUUUGUCAGCAUUCAUAGCUUCUCUGGAGUGUUAACAUUCUUCUUCUAUGAAAGAGAAGAAAUGUUUCUUUGCUAUACAACAUCUUGACAGCAAAGAAAUACUUUUAUUUUUAUAAAAUAAGGUACUGUUUUAUUUGUCUUAAAUUAACCAGUCACCAUCCUGACUCUCACGUAAGGAUAAAAUUUGUACUCAUAUUUUAUACUGAAUAGUUAACAUUUGUGUUUCAUAUCACACUUCUCUUAAAGACUUUUUAAAACAGGGGAUUUCUACAGCAGCAAGAAGAUUUUUUUAGUAUUUUUCCUGAAGUAGGCAUCAAUUCAGUUUUAAAAAUAAUAAGUCUUUGGAAGAAGACCAAAAUGCAUUUAUAGGUGUAGAAUCAAUCUAAACACAGGUACAUGUCUCUUCAGUUAUUUAAACUGUUUUCUUAUAAUUAAUUUGGCAGGUUUUGGAAGAGCUUGUUCAUCAUGUCUCACUUGUAAUUACCAUAGUUAUACAACUUAGGAAGUGGAAUCUAUACCUGUAGAUAAUUUUUUAAGAUUCUGUAAAUUUUUCAAUCGGGUUCACAAACAAAAGUGAUACACAACAAAAUUUAAAAGAAGGAUGUGGUAUUGAAUAACUAAAUCUGCCAUAUCUGCUUUCUGUGGACUUUUGAUGAUGUAGUCUUGCUUUAUUCAUAGGUUAAUCAGAUACUGAUCAUUUGUCUCAUUGUACUCUGUUUAUCCUAGAGAACUUCCAAAAAAUUUAAGACUCCAUCUCUUUUGCAAAUGUAGUGUUUCAGGUAGGUUCUUACACCAGCACUGGCCCAAUCAGGGGAGCCUGACAGAAUCUGAUUUUUUUAUGCUGUUAAAUAGGAGAAACUGAAUACUGUUAAGGAUAAGGUAGAAAUACCUCAGCCUAUUACAUGAGAUAUGAACAGUUUGCCUGGUAUUUUUAUCUUUUUCCAAGGAAUUGCAUUGAUCAUCUUAAGAAGCAUUGUUCUGAGGGCAAAAACGUCACCUUUACUUUGUUUCAAGCACACAUUAACUUCAGAGUUCAGUCAUCAAUGAAAUAAUGAGGAUUCAUAAAAUGUCAAUUUUAUGGCAAGUAGAGUAGUGAAAAUUCUCUUGUCUGAGUACAAACCUUGCUUCAAGAGUGACAUUGCAGAGUCAGCAUCCCAUCAAGAUACUUUCUUUGAAAUGUACAUUUGCAUUAAUUUCUAGUGAAUCUAUGGAAGCAUUUUUUCAUUUAAUAACUAAAGUUGUAUCUAUUUUUUUUUUAACAAAAACCUACCUUUUUGCAGAGUUGCCUAAUAUUUUAAUUGGGAAUUGUUAAUGGAACAUGAAUCACCAGAAGGCUAUCAGUAAGAGCUGCAGUUUGCAAUGUAAGCCUGAUUUUGUGAAUGAGAAACAGAAAACUAGUUAAGGAAUCACAGAAUCCCAGAAUCACCAAGGCUGGAAAAGACCUUUAAGAUCAUCAAGUCCAGCCUAUGCCAUAUCCACCCUUUCCUUGAACACAUCCAGGGAUGGUGCCUCCACCACUUCCCUGGAAAGUCCAUUCCAAUGUCGAAUCACCCUCUCUGUGAGGAAGAAAUAUUACAUAUUCAUAUUUAAGUAUUUUUUCAUCCAUCUUUGGCCACCUGUUACGCUCAAAUUCUACAAUUGCAACUAUUUAAUUAUUCCUUUUGCGCCCAUUGUAAAGAUAACAAAAAAAUAAACACUUCCUGGAGGUUACAGAGUAGCCAGCUCUCAGAACCACUUAAAUAUGUCUCUCCCUCCCAAAAUUUUUCCAGAUGUGCUGCUGCACAGAUAUUAGCAGUAGUGAUUAACCACUAGUGUUUUUGACCAUUACUCUUGCUGUCAUGUCAGUGCUACUGAUGCACUUGAAACAGUGAAAUAUUGGAAGAGAUGAGUUAGUGUGUAAGUAGCGUCAUCAGACAUGAUAUUCAAGAGCAGUAGUUCUGAAAAUGGCUGGUUGUCACCAAUAAUGGUAACUCAUUAUAAAGAUGGAAUAAAAAGAAAUACAGUAAUUGAGAGAAUCCACUUCUAUAACAGUUGUUCUGUUUGCAGGCAAUAGAAAUGUUUCUAAAACCAGUGCACUUGGAUUUAUAAUAUUUUUAUGACUGAGCAUAAAAUAAUUUAUUAAAAGAAGAGUUCACAAUUUAUUUUAUUUUUUUCCCUCAAGCACAAAAGGACAUGUUAUAUUGUUAGAAGCAUUCUUGCUAGGCAAGUCAGAAUAUGUGGAGGGAAGACUACAGAGGGAAGAAUACCUCUACUACCAACCAAGGUACUUAUAUUUUUCUUCUUAGAAUCAUACUUGUGCAGUCAUCCACUUUCAGCAAUACAGGACCUUAAUUAGUAAUUUGGAAGUACAGGGCAAAUUCCAAACAGCCACGAGUUUUUAGGAGUGAUUUGGUAAAUCUGGAACUCCAUUAAAAAUGUUUUCUUAAAAAGCUCCAAGUUGAAACAGAUUAAUCAUUUGUCACAUUCUGAAGUCUUUCAAGUGUCGCCACUGUUUCUUUCCUGAAACUGAUAAUGAACUUGUGAUUUCCAGCUCUUACUUUUCAGCAUUGCUUAUUAGUGUAUUAUGAACAUCCAGCUUUGCUUUCAGACCAAGGAAGGGAAGAGACUCUCUCAUGGAAAAGUUCAGCCAGUUUUGCCUGGGUAGUUUCCACAUUUUCCUUAAAUUCCACAUUCACUUAUCAGAGUUAUUGCAUUCAUUAUAAAAAGCACUACAUAGAAUAGGAGCUGGAAGCUAAAUAUUAUCUUUAAAUGAGCAGCUAAUCCCCUAAAAUUUCACAGCUUUGACUCUACGAGCCAACUUGGUUUAGGCUCUCUGUCAAAUUAGCAAAAGCAAUUUUUGUAUUUCAGCCUACUACUAAUCUAUAAAACAGGAAGGUUCAGAUAUAUAUUUUGUGUUCUCUCCAAGGGAAUGCUACCUCUACCAAUAACCCUAAGUUACCCUUAUGUCCCUGUUAUGUCCCUCUGUCUCUUUCAUAUAAAAUUCUGACUGGCAUGUGUGACCAGGUGUAGAAUUUGGUUGAUUACUAUGAGAUGUUUCAUUUUCAAGACUUUGUACAUUAUAAACUCAUUUAGAACACCAUUUUCUCAGACAUCUAGACAAGACUUAAAUUAGAAUUUUCAGGUGGUUUUGGUUUGUUUUUUGGUUGUUUUGUUUGUUUAUUUGGUUUGGUUUUUAUUGGGGUUUUUUUGUGAGAAGAAUGAUUAAUUAGAGUACUAGCUACAUACAUUGUUAUUUUGUGGCUGUUUCAGAUUGUAGAUACGAGAGAGUAGUUAAUUUAUAGAUCUCAGAUUAUGUAUGCCUUCUCUAAAUCAAAAACUGUUAGCCAUACUUACACAUACUGGAUAAAUAAAGCCCUCAAAUACAGUUGACUGACUUUAUAAAGUGAAAGCAUAGAAGAGCCAUGAACUACAUUCUUUCUUCUCUGUCCUCCUAGGGUGGAAUACUUUGUAAAUAAAGCUUGCAAAAAUUGGCUUUGUGUUUAUAGCUAAAUAUGACUUGUAGAUCAGUAUGGUAGCCUCAGACUCAUGUUGUUACUAGCAAAGAUGUCUUGGGAAAAGUAUUCCUAAAUUGCUACUAUUUGGAACUGUUAUGUAGUUUUAGAACUACAGCAAUCUAUAGAUAAGUACAUAGCUUAAGUUUUGUGAGUACAGUAAGUGAGACAGCACAUGUUGCUCCAUUGAAAUCCUUCAUCAGUUUAAGCUAUUUAUGCUUUUUAAAAAGAAAAAUCAGAUUGAUCAGUGAUUCCUUCUAGAUUACACAUGUUGAAAGUAUGAGCCAGAAGUUCCCACCACUUAAAAAAGAUCCACACUACUGUCUUUAUAUACAGUCAGCUUAGUCUUUCUUAACAUACAAAUUAUUCCAUAAUUGUUAAGUGCAGUAGUAAUACAAAAUCCUUUGAUUUCUGAUGUGUAAACUACUUCACUGUGAUCUUUUGCUUUAAUUAUUAAAGAUUUUUUGCCCUUUUAAAAAGGACUGCACAGUUGUAGCUGAGCUCUGCUGUAGUAGGCUGGCCUAUUUUAUGUCCCAAACAUUUUAUAAUUCUCAUUGGCUCUGUUUACCAGUUAUGGUGCCCGUUCACUUAAUUCACUUAAUUGUUGUACACUUCUUCUUUCCACAUAGUUUUAAUUUUAAUUAUUUUAAUCCAAUUUACUUUUACAAAUUUGACUUUUGCAAACCAUACAACAUGUACUUACACUGGUAAUUAUAACCCCACCACCCCAUGAAGUGCUGAGGCUUAAAUUUCAGAAGAUAAGCGUAAAUCAGUAAAAGUCUACAGGACACUGGUCUUUCACUAGGCAUCUGAGUUGAUACAGCCUACUGCAUUGUAAAUAUCAGUAAAGUACUUGUUUCAGAUAAAACCUCUUGUACAGCUAUAGCAGCAGCAUUCCUUGAUCGAGGUAUCUCUGCAAAAGUAGUAAUUCUAUUUGAUUUGAAGUCAAGAGCAAGGUAAGGUAGAGCUGUACUUUCCUUCCUCUCAAGUUUAUUGGAGAAGUGAACUACUGAAUUCAAGAACCCAUUUUAGAUGCUGUCAGCAGUUCUGAUAUGUAGGGUGUGUGCAGCUGGGAUGCCAUAGAGAAGGUCUUGCAGUCUGCGUAAUCGCUACUUAUGAUACACCUUUGUUUGCUGCAAGCCACUAAUAAAUCCAGAGGAGACUGGAAGUUUGCUCUGUCUCUGAGGAUGGAUAAGUCCCUAAAUCACCUGAAGUUGUAGUAGGGAGAAACAGUGACAUUUUUUUUCUUUACCACAAAAUUCAUAAAUGGGAUACACAGUCAUGGAGUCAAAGAGUGGUUUGUGUUGGAAGGGACCUUUAAAAGUCACCUAGUCCAAUUCCCCUGCAGUAAGGAGGGAGGUAUACAAUUGUCGUGGUUUGAGCCAGGAUGAAACCAAGCAUUUGGGAUCCAUGGCCAGAGAUCCAUUCUUUUACUUCCACCUCCUGCUUGGACAGGUCACAGAUUCAGAGUCUUCAGUAGACAGAACAACUAGAAUAAAGAUCUGUUUCCACCGGUAACUUUAUAAUUACAAGUAAUUGACAACUCAUUUUUUCCACCAAACUUCCCACCUCAUUUUCACUAAAAUGCUAAAAAUAAGUAAUAGGAAAGAACACACAAUAUAGGCUUGUCACACAGAACAAAAAAGGUAGGCAGACUCCUACAAAGAAAUGUUGAGAAUUGAAAGCCGACAACACCUGUAUUGUCCCUUCUGCUUAAACAGAGUGUGUAGUUAUACACAUGUUCAAAUUACUUCCACAGAUGGACUAAGAUUGGCAGGACUGCUUUUCUUUCAGUUGCAUGUGUUACUUUUUCUUUGUAGAAUCGUAGACAUCUGGAAAUGGAGGAAGGGUGUUGGGGAAGGAAGGAAAGUUGGUUCAUUGACCUGCUAGCACAUGCAAGACUUGACACCAGUAACCUUGAGUCAGGCAUAGGUACCAUUUGCAAACCUGUUCAGAUUUCCAUUAAAUUUUGUGCCAAAGUAUGCACCAGCACGUUCAAUAUCAGGUAAAGCACCUUUUAUACUCUUUGUUGUUUAAAAAUAAUAUAUUUAUGAAACAGAUGGAUAAUACAUACCACUGGAAAUGGGUGCUUCUUCCCAAAAGUACGUAUGUAAAAGAGAAGGAAACGUGAUUCUAUCUGGCUGUUAAGCAAUCCUGAAAAUGGUAGCUAUGUAAUAGAGUUGCAAGUUGUCUGAAUUUUAAAUAGAUCUGCAUUUUAACUUUAUUUAUUUGCCAAUUUUUUAUAUACUUUAAAGUUACACGUUUGCAUUUAAUCUAACUUUUUAUUUCCCUAGGCUGUUACAAAACAAAAUUUCAGUAUUCUUGUAAACUGCAGACCAUUUUUGAAUAGUCCGUUGUCUUUUCCUGUGGACCAGUUAGUACUAAUGUGUCAGCAGUUCCUUUUUACUGUACUCUUCCAAUAAAUGUAAAAUAUUUC